CUUGACAUGUAUUUCUACUUCCACAUCUCUUAUCCCUACACCUACCCCUACAUGUAUUUCUGUCGGAGGCACAUGUGUUUCGGGAGGUUGCUGUCUAGAUUCAGUCGGCUGUUUAUGUGUACCACCUGCUCCUUGUGUAUGCGCUGCAUGA